GAAGUACUUACUCUGAUUAGAAUGACAUCACAAAAACAUUUCGGCCUGUGUUAAAAUUCAUUGAACCAGAUGAAUACUAUUAAGCAAACAAGAUAAUGAUAAUAAUAAUACGAAGUCUGCAUUGACAAUUACAAUUGUGUUUUUGAUUAACUUAUGCAACUGAUUUACGCACCAACAGCGUCCCAGAUAUCUAAGAGCAGCAUUCCAUUGCGUAAGCAAUUAGUCAUAACACGCAUAUACGACGUAGAUUGCGCAGAGUAGCAGCAGUCGGUCGUUGAGUGUCAACGGCGCGCCGUUGCUCCGCCUUAUUGCUUUAUUUCCUCCUUGAGCAUAGUUAGACUUGAUUCAAUACGUUAGUUAGUUGCGUAAACAUCUAUGGCUUUACGAUUCCAUUCAUAUUAAUAGAUUUACGCGCUGAUAAAAAUAUUAUAUAUCUAAAUUAGUGUAAAAAUUUCAACAACAUGGUGUACAUGAUGAUCUUGUCGGUAAUAGCUGGCGCCUUGAGUCUUUAUUAUUUCUUCCUCAAGGACAUGAACUUGUUCAAGAAACACAACAUCCCGCAUAUCAGGCCACUGCCUUUAGUAGGCAACAUGGGUGCGCUGUUUCUACGCACGAAAUCUGUGGCCGCAUUCCUGAAGGACCAGUACGACGUGCAUCCUGAGGCCAAGUACACUGGAAUGUACGACUUAACCAUGCCGGUGGUGAUACUGCAUGACCCUGAGCUCAUCAAAUCCAUUGCAGUGAAGAACUUCGAAAUGUUUCCGAAUCAUCGUAGCUUCCUCAACGAUGAGCAAGAUCCAUUGUUUUCCAGCAACCUGUUCUCUUUGGUAGAUGACAAGUGGCGAGCAAUGAGGACUAUGUUGAGUCCGUCAUUCACGUCCAGCAAGAUGAAGGGCAUGUUUAAAUUGAUGUCGGACUGCGCCAUCGACUUCGGUAAAUUCGUGGCGGAAUUGCCGCCGGAGCAGAAGGUGAUGGACAUAAAGGACAUCUUCACGAGGUACACUAAUGACGUGAUCGCCACCUGCGCUUUCGGCGUCAACGUUGAUUCCAUGCGGAACCCGAAAAAUCUCUUCUACAUGUACGGCAGAGAGGCGACUACUUUUGGAGGCGUCACAUUCGUGAAGUUUUAUAUAUUCAGGAGCCUGCCAUGGCUGGCAAAAAUAUUCAAACUGAGGUUAAUUCGUACGGAGAUUGCGGAAUUCUUUCGGGAGCUCGUGGAAACCACUAUCAAGACCAGGGAAGAACAGGGUAUCGUUCGGCCAGACAUGUUGCAGCUGAUGAUGGAAAGUAAAGCGAAGAGAGAAGGUAGCAAGGAUCUAACUAUCAUGGAGAUGACUAGCCAGGCAUUCAGCUUCUUCUUUGGCGGUUUUGAGAGUACCUCAGCGUUGAUGUGUUUUGCCGCGCAUGAAAUCGCGAUUAACGAGGACAUUCAAAAGAGACUGCAGAACGAGAUCGACCAGGUCCUGGAGGACACAAAUGGCGAAUCGCCUUAUGACAUGGUCAACAACAUGGAAUACAUGGACGCUGUGGUGAACGAGACUCUCAGAAUGUACCCGGUCGCCGUAGCGUUUGACAGAGUAUGCAAAAGAGAUUUUGAGUUGCCGCCGACGUUACCAGGCAUGAAGCCCUACACCGUAAAAAAAGGUCACGUCAUUUGGAUACCGGUUUACGGACUCCAUCAUGAUCCAAAGUACUUCGAGCAGCCCGAAAAAUUCAAUCCCGAAAGGUUUCUUGGCGAACAGAAAAAACAUAUUCACAACAUGGGAGUUUAUCUGCCAUUCGGCUUGGGCCCCAGGUUGUGCAUAGGUAACCGAUUCGCCCUACUGGAAACGAAAGUGUUACUUUUCCAUCUGCUGGCACGUUGCGACCUACUACCUUGCAAGAAGACGCGGAUACCGCUCGAGUUGGCCAAUGACGGCUUCAAUAUGAAGGCUAAGGGAGGUUUCUGGCUGAAAGUGAUGCCGAGGGAAAAACCCCAUCGCACGGUCGCAAUUAACAAUGUUAACGGCGCGCAUAAGCUGUAAGAGAAUUUUUGUUGAUUGGUUAGAUUCAUAUGUAAAUCGUAUGGGUGACAGUUGAAGAUUCACAUAUAAAUGAUAUAAAUAACAUUGUUAAUUGCAAAAUAAAAUUCACUUUAAAUAUUAAUAUCUCAAGAGAAGUAUGAUAUCAAAAAAUUAUAGGUUAGGCAAAAAUAUCUAAAAUUUUAAUGAUCAUUACUCCGUGAAAAAUAUUGUACAAACGUGUUCUUUUGUUUUGUUCGAAGGUAGAGUGUCUACCUUAAGCAGAUAUUGGAUUUCUUUUUAUGGCAUUCUGUAUUUCUUUAAUAUUUUAGGUCAUUUUUUUCAACGUAUGAGUCUACAUAUACUACAUAUUUCAAAAUUUCGAAGGUACAAUUUCUCAAAUAAAUAAUUUUUGUGACUGACUGUACAAACAUGAUAGAAAUAAUAUUUUUUUAAGUAUUAAUACCCGUCAUAAUCGUAUUAAUCGUAUAUUUUGUUUUGUAAUAACUAAAAUUCAACACGCAGCAACGUGGCUAUGUGGUCCUGAUACCGGUUUCAGUACUGUAGCGUAAGCUCAUAUAUACGGAAAGCCACAUAUAAAAUUUGUAUCCUCAUUAAUUUAAUAGUUACUGGAUUUCCGUUUCUAUAACUCUUCCGCUUUUGUUUUUAAUUAUGGAUUAAUGUUGUUUAACUGUAUUCACUUACGAUGAAAAAUAUUAAUACAAAAUUUCAAAAGAAUUGAAAAGUAAUUUUGUCACUAUUGUAUCAGCUUUUUCUCCUUUUUAACUGAAAUAUUAUUCCAAUUUUUACGCGUGUUACUAUAAUUUCAUACGGGACGAACAUUUUCAUAUGUUUGCAUAUAUAUUCCUAUAUGUGAUAUAUAUUCCUAUAUGUGAAAAGACUUAUAAUAUGUAAUAAUAUAUAUAAUA